AUGUAUGAUCCCAUACUGGCGAAAAGCUUCAAUAGUUAUGAACGCAGGAGAUUGGGAUGCUCCGCACUCGUGGUGUGCUCCAUCAUUGCCUUUAGUGUCUGCUCGUCAUUCGAUCCUCGUCUCUAUACGUCGUCACUCAUUGGUGAGGCUGUCAAUACAAAGUUGCCGAUCCAUAUGUUUGUAGCGGGUGACAAUAACUCCAACCCAACAGUGGGUAGUUCUCCAAAUAGAUUUGUGGUGAAGUCUCCUCAACAUGAGGCAAUCCAAAUACCACGAGUCGAGUGCAGGAUAUCGGAAAGAGGUGGUGCGGGUUAUUGUGAGAUGGAAGGGGACGUACGUGUGGACGCCAACUGUUCCACCGUGUUCAUGGUGGGCCCCACCCCAACAAACAGUAAUUCAAGUUCGUGGAUCAUCAAACCUUACCCAAGGAAACAUAUCUCCAACGUCAAGAAUUGGAGGGUAAUGUUAGUGUCGAUGGAUCGCGACGCUCCACGGUGCACACAGACCCACACUCUCCCGGCCCUCCUUUUCUCGACGGGAGGAUACACGGGCAACCACUUCCACGAUUUUGCCGACCUCAUACUCCCCUUAUUCUCCACCACCUUCCCUUUCAACACACAAAUCCAUUUUCUCGCCACCGACUACAAGCCCUGGUGGGUCUCCAAAUUCAGCGUCCUCCUCCACCGCCUCACUGCACAUCACAUUAUCGACAUCGAAACACAAACAAAGCACGUGCACUGUUACGCCAACAUGAUCGUGGGCCUCCAGUUUUAUCGGGAGCUCGUUUUUGCCCCGUCUGGCGGGACCCACAUGCGCGACUUCCGGCAAUUUCUCCGAGAAACCUACUCGUUGAGAAGGAGGAGGAGGACAAGGGCGGACAAAAAGAAGAAGUCAAAGCCACGUCUGAUGAUCAUCUCCAGGAAGAGGACACGAGUGGUGACGAACGAGGCUGAGGUGUCUCGAGCGGCUGUAAAACUAGGUUACGAGGUCAUCUCGGCCGAGGCUAGGCUGUCGACCAAUUUGACAAAGUUUGCGCAACUAGUGAACUCGUGCGACAUGCUUAUGGGGGUCCAUGGGGCUGGCCUAACAAACAUGCUUUUCUUGCCCGAUCGUGCGCUUCUCAUACAAAUAGUCCCGUUUGGAGGCAUCGACGUUUAUGCCAGGCUCGAUUUUGGAAACCCUGCCCCCGCUAUGAACGUCAAGUACUUGGAGUACAAGAUAGCGAUUAACGAGAGUUCGUUAAGCCGCCAGUAUCCGUCUAAUCACCCGGUUCUUCGAGAUCCCCUGUCUUUCAAAAAGAAGGGGUGGGAUGAGCUUAAGGCUGUCUACUUGGAAAAUCAGAAUGUCACUAUUGAUAUUCACAGGUUUAAGGGCACCCUGGCUAAAGCUCUCAACCUCUUACAUAACUAA